AUGUGGGAGAGCAUCGGGCUUCCCUCUGCCUGCUGGACCCCUCCAGACCAAAACUCAGGCACCUCCGUGAUUCCACAGAAAAAAACAAGAGAAAUUGCAGAAAGAAAACGAGAAUGCUACCUCGUCCGUGGCUCUUGCAAGUCUGAGUGCAACACCUGGGAAUACACCUAUAAUUACUGCAACACUGAGCCCUGCUGCGUGGUGCGGGAGUACCAAAAACCCAUCACUGAAACCCAGCUUUCUACAAUCAGACAAAUGUAA